AUGAGCAAUUCUUCGAAUGUGCCCGAGCGCGAAGGGAAAGGUGCUUCCAAUGAUGCAGAUGACAGUGGUGACGAGGAUGUCUUCCACGAUGCCCACUUCCCUGCCGAGGAAGAAGCUCAACUCCUGAAGGAAGCCCACGAAAUUAAAUCCGAGGCAAAUCAGCUGUUCCUUGCGACUAGCUAUGACCAAGCCAUCUCCUGCUACGAUCGAGCCCUCGCUUCCUGCCCAAGCUACCUUGACUACGAUAUCGCCAUAAUUCAAAGUAAUAUCGCUGCUUGCCAUUUAAAAUUGGAAGAUUGGAAGGCUGCGGUAGACUCCGCAACCAUCUCCAUCGAACGACUAAGCAAGAUUGUCCCGCCGAGCCCACAAGACAAACGCGACGAGUCGAAGGGGCAAAAGAUCCCAGACUCCGACAAGAAACACACAGAUGCAGUAGUUGAACUAUCCGGAGACGAUGAGGAGGCAGAGUUGAAGGAAUUACAACGAUUGCAAGAAGAAGAUGAGCAGAGGAGCAAGGUGAUGCGACUUCGAGCCAAAGUCCUCAUGAGACGCGCAAAGGCGAAGACCCAAAUCGGUGGCUGGGGUAGUCUGCAAGGUGCUGCAGAAGACUACCAGGCCCUUGCUGCGAUUGAUAACCUUCCAGCAGAUGACAAGAGAGUUGUUCAACGGGCAUUGCGGGAGCUACCUGAGCGCAUCAAUCAGGCGCGGGAGAAGGAGAUGGGCGACAUGAUGAGCAAGCUGAAGGAUCUCGGAAAUGGAAUAUUAAGCCCAUUUGGUCUGUCGACGGACAACUUCAAGUUUGUCCAGGACCCAAAGACGGGUGGCUAUAGUAUGAACUUCCAAUCCUAA